UACAGUAAUCUAAGCUUUUGCAGAAGUAACCAAACCCAAUGGCCUGAUGCAUGAGAAGAGGCCCAAAUUAUGACCCCAAAGGGUCCAAAAUUCUUUCUUCUGAAGACAGGGCCCUAGAUUGCAGGCGAGUUUUGAUUGAUUUGAUGAUUUUGUGCAAGACGGUGUUGUGUGAAGAUGGUUUGCCCUGAUACACCCUCGUGUUCCGCUCGCGCCAAAUGUGUUAAACGCUUGCCCUUGCAAGUGCCAAUUUGCAGAUGGAAUUCCUGAAGAUUUUGGCGUUCCAGUGGUAUGACUACCAUGAAAUCAAACUGUUCCUGUCGCUAGGGUUAACAUAUAGCCCUAGCACUUUUGCUGUAUGAAACUCCAAAUUUGCUUGGAGAAUUGACAUUUGAAAAAGGUUUGAUUGUUGGAGAAUUUGAAUGGCCAUCCAUAAGAUAAUUGUGUGUUUAGGGAUGAUCAGUGUGGGGUUCCAGACUAAGUGGUUCCAUGGAACAGGGCUGUUGGCAGGUGAGAGGUGUGAAAGUAUGCUUUUGAGAGAGAGUAUAAGCCAGUUGGAGAUACAGACCAAAUUGGGAUAUCAGGAAGGAAGGGUUGGGUUAGGAGGAGGUAUGUGGGAUAGCUAUGGAAGUGAAGCCAAGAGUGAAGGUGGAAAAUUCGAAUUUGGACCAAUUGUGGGAUAUUAAGGAGCUGAUGAGGGUAUUGGUGGGGUACUAAUUGUGUGAUUGCAGUGGAGGGGACCCUAAUGUAACCAGUUGUCAUGCCAGAAGAAGGAAGUGGAGCCAUCACCAACUUUAAUUUUCAGCACCAAGAUGAGCUCUGUGGAAUUUUGAUCAGCCAAAUGUAUCUGUUUUUGAUGAGGUUUCAUAAGCAUUGAUUGUGGGAUAGCUGAAGGUUCGGAAUAUGAAGACAACACAACCAACAUAUCGUACACAUCAGACGUGCAAUAUAUUGACACCGGAACAAGUGCAAAUAUUUCUUCAGAUUUCGUGUCGGAUACUCUCAUGAGACAGCUAUUGAGGGUGAGAAGUUUCCCACAGGGAAUCAACAAUUGUUAUACAUUUAAACAAGCACAAGCCAAAGGUAGCAACUAUUUGAUCCAAGCAAUUUUCAUGUACGGAAAUUAUGAUUCCAAGGAAAAUCCACCAGAAUUUGGGCUGUAUCUCGAGGGGGAUGAAUGGGACAUGGUGACAUUGAGCAAUGCAUCAGAUGUAGUAAUUAAGGAGAUUAUACAUGUCCCCAUGACAGAUUACAUACAUGUAUGUCUCGUCAACACUGGCUCUGGGACUCCUUUCAUAUCUGCAUUAGAGCUAAGGCAGUUGAAUAAUACCAUUUAUAAAACUCAUUCUGGAUCAUUAGCACUUCAAAUGCGGCUUGAUGUGGGUUCAACAACCACCCAAAUAGUCAGGUACAAAGAUGAUGUUUAUGAUCGGAUAUGGAAACCUUAUAGUCAGUCUAAUUGGGAUUCAAUGACUGCAUCUUACAAUAGUGGUACCUUGAACACCAAUGGCUUUAAACCUCCAUCAUCUGUGAUGAUGACUGCUGCUAGACCUCCGAAUGGAAGCAAAUCCUUGGACUUCGUUUAUCAUCCUGCUGAUUCCAGUCAGAAGCUUUAUCUGUGCGUGCAUUUUGCUUCACUUGAAGGAAUUAAAGCCAACCAAUUGAGAAUAUUCAAGAUUUACUUGAAUGGUGAAUCCUGGCAUAAGCCUGUGGUUCUUGGGCACCUGCUUCCAUAUAGUGUGUACAGCAAACAGUCCCUUAGCGGAACCGAAUUGAGUAUUUCAAUUACUGUGACAGAUAAUUCCACACUACCACCCGUUCUCAAUGCCAUGGAGAUAUACAUGAUUAAAGAUUUCUCACAAUCACCCAAAUGAUGUUGAUGCUAUCAGGGAAGUAAGGUCAGUAUAUGGGGUAAAGAGAAACUGGCAGGGAGAUCCAUCUGCUCCUAAGAUCUACUCAUGGAAUGGACUUGAAUGCAUCUACAAUGACUACAAUUUUUCUAGAAUC